GCGCCUGGGCUUCCGGCUGCCGUCCCGGCCCUGCGCCCUACCAUGGCGGCGGCGGGGGGCUGUGAGGGGGCGCAGGCGGGCGUCCCGCCUCACGCCGGCGGCCCGGGGCUGCCGGCCGGCCCGCCUCACGCCGGCGGCCCGGGGCUGCCUGCCGGCCCGCCUCACCCGGCCGGCCCGCCUCACGCCGGCGGCCCGGGGCUGCCUGCCGGCCCGCCUCACCCGGCCGGCCCGCCUCACGCCGGCGGCCCGGGGCUGCCUGCCGGCCCGUCUCACCCGGCCGGCCCGCCUCACGCCGGCGGCCCGGGGCUGCCUGCCGGCCCGUCUCACCCGGCCGGCCCGCCUCACGCCGGCGGCCCGGGGCUGCCGGCCGGCCCGCCUCACCCCGGCGUGGCGCGGCGGCGCGGCCGGACGCUGCUGGUGCGGCACCUGCCCGCCGAGCUGGCGGCGGCGGAGAAGGAGGAGCUGCUGAAGCACUUCGGGGCGGUGUCCGUGCGCGUCCUGUCGGACUACGGGCGGCUGAAACAUACUGCUUUUGCUACCUUUCCCAGUGAAAAUGCAGCUGCAAAGGCUUUGUCAAGACUGCAUCAGCUGAAACUUUUAGGUCACACCUUAGUUGUUGAAUUUGCAAAGGAGCAAGAGAGUGUGCAGGCACUUAGCCAGCCUUCUGUCUCAGAGAAGUGCAAAAGUUCAGAAGAACCAGUGAAAGAAGAAGAGAAGAAAGAACCAAACUGUGUUAAAAUAGAGAAUGGAAUUGCACCCAACCAUGGCCUCACCUUUCCCAUCAAUUCUUGCCUGAAAUAUUUGUAUCCACCACCUUCAAGUACAAUUCUAGCAAAUAUAGCAAAUGCCUUGGCAAGCGUGCCCAAAUUUUAUGUCCAGGUACUUCAUCUUAUGAAUAAAAUGAAUCUUCCUCCGCCUUUCGGACCAAUUACUGCUCGCCCUCCCAUGUAUGAAGAGUAUUUACCAGUGCCUGCGCCACCUCCCCCAAUCCCACCUCUGCCUCCUGAAGAGCCUCCUUUGCCUGAAGAGGAAGAAGAGCAACCAUCUAGUGGAGAGGAGUCAGAAUACGAAAGUGAUAAUGAGGAGGAAAAAGAGAGAAUGACCAAGUUGAUGGAAUUAGCAACCCUGCAGCCUAAAAGACCAAUAAACACAAAGAGGCGUGGUGUUAGAAAAAAGCAAAGAAUUAAAGACUUGCUGAACGUUCCCGUGUGUACCCCCCACAGUAAUUUGCACCCUGCACUGUCACCUUCAGAUGUCUUUGAGCAGCCGCAGCAUGUAGGUCAUAAAAAAAUUGAGUUCCAUAUUACUACGGACAUCCCAGCUGUUCUCCAGACAAACUCAGAAAAAGAAGAAAAAAAUGACCUUUAUGCAGCCACGGAAGAAAUCAAUAAUACAGGCUUUGGAAGGAUUUUCCCAGCUCCUAGCUCAAAUGAUAAAAUGGAAACAGAAGAGGAAGAUGAUGAAAUACCAUCAGAAUUUAUUUCUAGAAGGGAUCUAGAAAAACACAGACUUUCUAAAGAAGAAAUGGAAAAAUUUUCUGUUUUCAAAAACUAUGAGCCAGGUGAUCCAAACUGCAGGAUAUAUGUGAAGAAUUUAGCUAAACAAGUUCAAGAAAAGGAUCUCAAGUUCAUUUUUGGAAGAUACGUUGACUUCCAGUCAGAAGUGGAACGAAAUAUGUUUGAUAUACGUUUGAUGAAAGAAGGCCGUAUGAAGGGACAGGCUUUCAUUGGACUUCCUAAUGAAAAAGCAGCUGCUAAAGCUUUAAAAGAAGCAAAUGGAUAUGUCUUAUUUGAAAAACCGAUGGUGGUUCAAUUUGCUCGUUCAGCUAGACCAAAACAGGACGCCAGCGAAGGGAAAAGAAAAAAGUAGAACACUGCACAGAAACAUUCCUGCGUAAAUACUGCAGUAAUACUGUCAUGCAGAGUGUAUCCUUUCUUGUUGUAUCCUUUUUUGUGCAAUAUUUCCCGUAGCACUCAACCACAUCUAAGUUUUUGUGUAGAGUAGGUGUGGGGAGGAGUUUACAUGUUUUAGAGCUUGAUCUAAUCUGGUCAUUUUAAAAGCAAAGGGUGCUUUUUCAGGGGGAAAAAGAAAAAAAUAUCGAUGAGUUGUCUGUUGCGUGAAUAAACACAAUGAAAGUUCCUAGUCUUAAAAGGUGGCCUCCACCUUCUUCUUUAAAGGUCAUAUAACUUGCUAACUUGUGGUUGAAUUCCUUAGCUUGGUAUGAGCUAGAAGCGUUUCACUGAUGUGUGUGGAGCUGUGCUGAGCUCACACCGAGGAUGUUUUCUUGGUUUUCUUUAAAUCAAUAUAAUAACAUGUUGGUUAAAAUACAUUGCGGAGUAAUUCUUAAUAAUAUUAAAGGGUUGACCAGUACUUUAGAUCAUUUGAUGAUUACUGUUGUCCUGGUAUAUGAGAAACAAUCUGUAGUUGACUUAGUUUAUACAUUCCUUACUUUUUUUUAAGUAGAGAAGAUGAUCUAACAAUAUCUCAUAAUGAAGUAUUUGAACUAUUAAUCAACUAUUAAUCACUGCUACCUUUUUGUUGAGCGUGGUUCUUUAGAUUGCUCUCUGCACUGAGGUAGUGUUGUUCCCAGUGACUUAUUUUUCUUGUGGGUUUCAUAUUAAAUUGUUUAACUUACCGUAAUACAAAAUUAAUACAGCCUGUGUCUGUUAAGUGAGACUUUUCCAGACAUUCAGCACUCCUCUAAAUACUAAGCAUCUUUCAAUUUAGUUGUCAAAAGAAAGCAAAACACUACUGUUUUCUGGUUGUUCUUACUUUUAACAUGCCUUUGUGAUGUUCCAGGUCCCUUUUGUGUUCCAUCUCUUUCAAGUAUUAUCAAGCUGAGGGAAGAAGCAGUGUAAUCAUCGGGACUCUUGAACUGUGCGUAGUAGCAUUAUUUAAGGCAGAGUAUAAAUUUUCUCAUCUUAAAGAUUCCAGAUAUCUUUAAACUGCCGCAAGACUUACAUGAUAAAUGUUAGUUUGCUUGUGAAAUCUCUAAUAAAUUAUUUCAUUUCUCUUCA